AUGGGUAGUGUCAGCAGCCUCAUUAAUGGUAACAGCCUCAACAGCAAACACUGCAAGGCUUCUGAGCACAGGUUAAAGGAGGGAGCGAGUCACCACAGAAAGAGUGGAGGCUGCAGUCUUGACGGGUUGCUAAAGUGUGGCUUUGCUCAGGGCUCUUCAUCCUCCACUCAUCACUCUAAAGGCCUCUCGCACUCGAGGUCAGGGAGAAGUGAGGAUUUCUUUUACAUUAAGGUGAGUAACAAACCGAAGUCAGGGUACCACAGGGAACGAUCAGUGGAGGAGACUGUGACCAGAGAUGGAAAAUCAGACUGUCAGCAGCAACCCAAACCAAAACUCCUUAUAAUGCCUGGAAAGAUACCAGAACGGGGGAGUUUGACUUCUGCUGAGAAGUCGCUGGUCCAUUCCACUGCCUUUAACUCUGCAAAUCCCUCGAGGCCUUCAUACGCAGAGAUUGGCCACAACAGUCUGGACAACAUCCUUUGUCCCCUGAGGAAAGCGAGAUGUCCAAAUGUUGGACAAAAACAAGACACCUUAGGUUUCUGGACUUUAUCUGACUCUGGACGUAACUCCAUGUCUAGCCUGCCUACCCACAGCACCAGUGGCAGUCUCAGAGGUUCCUCGGGGCCCGUCUGUCAGAUUGAUGGCAGCUCAGCUCUUGCAAACAGCCUCGGCAGAGGACAACAGCCCAAUUUCCCUCCAUGGGUCAACAGAAACAAUGCCAAACCCGACUGCAAUUACAGGGCUUGUUGGAAUAGCAGCGUUUUGGCUUCUAUGGCUAAUGAGAAUUCUGGCUCCCCACUGUCUGCAGAUGAGCCAAGAGCUGUCUCUGAAACCACAGGUGGGAUUCGAACCCCCAUAACGACAGACGAGUCACUGAUUGAGCAUCUAGAGCAGAGGCUGCUUGAGAGAGAAACCGAGCUGCAGGAGCUACAGGUGAGUUUAGAGGAGAAAGAAGCAGACACCUGCCAGCUGUUUGAGGAGAGACAAAGAUAUUGUGCUGAGGAGAUUGAGGGCCUGAAGCAACAUUGCUCCACGAAGCUACAGCAAGUUUCACAAAUGGCUGCAAAAUCCCAUCAAGCUCUGCAGCUGCAGGUCAGCCAGCUUCAGGCACAGAACGACAAGCUUCAGGGAGACGUCUCCAAGCUGACUCGAGAGAAAAAUCUUGUUGAACUGAGAUUGAGGUCCUCAGAAAAAGAGAGCACACAACUCGUACCGACACUCGAAGAAACUCAGUGGGAGAUAUGUCAGAAGACGGGAGAAAUCUCGUUACUGAAGCAGCAACUGAGAGAAUGCCAAGCAGAUGUCAGCAACAAACUCAACGAGAUCGUUUGUCUGAAAGCAUCGCUGAAGGAAAACGUGACAAAAGUGGAGGUGCUUGAGCGACAGAAAAAAGACUAUGAGGACAAACUCCAGGCCUGCACCAGAGAGAUUGAGGUGUGUCAAAACGAACUCCAGCGCAAAAAAAACGAGGCUGAUUUUCUGAGGGAGAAAGUGAUCAAACUGGAGAAAGACAUUCAGGGAAAGAAUCAGGAUUUCCCUGCAGCCAAAGAUAAAACACUGCAGCAAAGCAUGGAACUUGAAACCUAUUCACAGACUCGGACCUUAGAAAGCCCGAUCCAGGAAUCAGACUCUUCUGAAAAUGAGGUGGACAUGAAAAGACACAUCUCCACUGAAUCGCUCCAAAGACAGGUGGAAAGAUUGAAGCAGCAGCUCAGAGAGGAGAAGAGUGCUCAGGAGAGGCUGGUCAGCAGCUUUGAGCAGGAGCGGCAGACGUGGAACAAGGAGAAAGACAGGGUGAUCAAAUAUCAGAAGCAGCUUCAGAUCAAUUACUUGCAGAUGCACAAGAAGAACCGAGACCUGCAGAGGGUCCUGAAGGAGCAAACGGCAGAGCUGGAGAGUCGGACCGAGCUGAGCAAGAACGUCAGAUAUGCCUCAGGGUUACAAACGUAUGAUGAUGUUAUUGCCACAGAAAUAUGA